CUAAAAAUGUUCCUACAUUUCUGCAUAAAUAUGACCUAAAACAUCAGCAGAUUUUGACACAAGUCCUAAAAGUAGAUAACGAGAACCCAGUUAAACAAAUGCGACAAAAAUAUUAUACUUGGUCAUUUAUUUAUUAAGAUGAGCCAAUAUUACAUAUUUAUGCAGAUACAUAGAAAAUGCUAAAGAGUCCACAAACUUUCAAGUACCACAGUACGUCGUAAAUCUAAAAUAUUUAGUUGUUUCUCAUGCCUGUGUUUUUUUUUUUUUUUUUUUUUUUUUUUUUUAAAAACUACCUCUCAAACCUGUAUAGAAAGUUGUCAUGUUUAUGUAAAGGGGUAAAAUGACAAACAAAAAAAAAAAACCAGUAACCUCAAACAAAGUAAGUCAUUAUUAGCUGACGUUUUGUGUAACUGAAAAAAAAAAAAAUCUUAAUCUGUAAUAAUUUGCUGUUUUGUCUGCUAACCCUAUCUGUCCUCUUUGUCUCGCAGUUCCACACCUUAAUUACUGCUACACAGAAGACUCCUGUAGUCCAUAUAACUGGGUGAAAAUGUUUCCUACCUGCAUCGCCAAAGAAUCGGGGCUACACUCUCCCAUCAACCUGCAACGUGGUGUUAUUAAGAACAACUCCAUCGAUCCUCUGGAGCUGCAAAGCUUCGAUGUGCCUCAGAAGUCUUGGACUGUAGUCAAUGUCCGGGACACUGUUGUUGUGAAGUUUCAAGCAGGCAUGACUGUAAAAGGUGGCGGUAUAAAGCAUAAUUACCGAAUCGUAGAGAUGAGAUUCCACUGGGGUUCGAAUACGACCAACGGAUCAGAGCAUAAAUUUGAUGCUCGCAGGUUCCCUAUGGAGAUGCAGAUUGUGGGUGUCGCUCCUGGAUUCGCUGACGUGGAAGCUGCUUCUGUAGUGCAGUCAGGCCUGCUUAUGAUGGGAGUCUUCAUUGAUAUUGCCUCUGAGGAGAAUCAAGCUUUUAAAGCCAUAGCCCAUGCGGUGCUCAACGUCCCAUACCCAGGGGAUUCAGUAAGUGUGAGUCCUCCGGCAUUGUCGCACCUCCUUCCUGAGGAUGAUACAUUCUAUCAGUAUCACGGAGGCCAGACAACUCCGCCCUGCCGCCAGACGGUGACUUGGAUUGUGUUUGAGAAGCCCAUCUUCAUCUCCAGAAAGCAGGAACAGGUGAAGUAUGCAGUCCUGGAUGUCUGCUCUAAUAUCUGUCCUAAUGCUAAGUACAGUCAGUGCUUUGCCCCUCACAGGUUUGUACGGUACAUAAUUUUGGUUGAUUGCCCAACAGUGGGAUCUGAAAGAAAUAUUUAUACCUGCUUUUACGUGCUGUUGAAUUCUCUUCACUCACUUUUUGCUUGA